GUUUAUGACACAGUCCAAUUUUUAACAAUGCUGAAAUCAAAUGACUCCUUGUUUGCUUUGGAUACUUUGUCUUUUGAAAGACCAGAUGAAGCUGAAAACUAUCCAGACAUUGAAAAAUCAUUGGAUUGGUUUCUCCCACCUGCGCCAUUGAUAUCGGAAAUUCCAGAUACUCAGGCAUUAGAGGAGGAAAUAGAAAGUCAUAAACUGUUAGGUCAGGAAAAGAAGCCAAAAAUGUUACCAUCAAAUUUAAAGAUAACUAAUGAAGACACAAAUUAUAUUUCACCAACACAAGAAUUCCAGUUUGCCUUUUCCUCAAAAAAAUAUGAAGAAGAUUAUCUGAAUUUAGGAGGGGCAGGUAAUGAUGACUUAUCACAUGUUCCUGGCAAGCUGACGUAUGGUUCUUCUCAGAAAUACAAAAAUCACAUUGGCACUGAGAUAGCACCUGAGAAAAAUGUUCCAGAUGAUACAAAAUUAGUUAAUUUUGCAGAAGAUAAAGGAGAGAGCACAUCAGCCUUCCGAAAAAGAUUAUUUAAAAUAUCUGACAACAUACAUGAGGAUGUUUAUUCUAAUGACAGUACAAACCUGGACUUUCCUGUUGCUUCAGUGAAAAUUGUCCCAACAGAAAUGAACAAAGGGGAAUCAUGGAAAUGUAGCAAUAAUCAGAGACAUCAAUAUUCAGACAUUAACAUGUUUACAGCAAGUGACGUUUUUUCUCAUUCUGAAAUCAGAGAAGACAUAUUCAAAGCACCAACUUUUUCAGUUACAUCCCAGCCUCAUGAAGUUCAAGGAGUAACAGAAAAUGAUUUAGAUUCCUUGAAGGCUGUCACAGAAAUCCCGUCAAAAUUUAGAAGUAUUUUCAAAGAAUUCCCAUAUUUUAACUAUAUACAGUCCAAAGCCUUUGAUGAUCUUCUUUACACAGAUAGAAAUUUUGUGAUUUGUGCUCCAACUGGUUCUGGGAAAACUGUAAUGUUUGAACUAGCUAUAACAAGAUUGUUAAUGGAAGUACCAUUGCCGUGGUCAAACAUUAAAAUUGUUUAUAUGGCACCAAUAAAAGCCCUGUGUAGUCAGCGUUUUGACGAUUGGAAAGAAAAAUUUGGAUCAAUAGGAUUGAAUUGUAAAGAACUCACUGGAGAUACAGUAAUGGAUGACCUAUUUGAGAUUCAGCAUGCCCAUAUUAUAAUGACAACUCCAGAAAAAUGGGAUAGCAUGACUAGAAAAUGGAGAGACAACUCUUUGGUCCAGCUGGUUAGACUGUUUCUCAUUGAUGAGGUACAUGUUGUAAAAGAUGAAAAUCGUGGACCAACUCUUGAAGUUGUAGUCAGCAGAAUGAAAACUGUACAGUCUUUAUCUCCUGCUUCAGAAAAUAGCAGCACAGUUAUUCCAAUGAGAUUUGUAGCUGUAUCUGCAACAAUUCCAAAUGCUGAGGAUAUUGCAGAAUGGCUUUCAAAUGGUGAAAGACCUGCUGUAUGUCUGAAAGUGGAUGAGAAACAUCGGCCGGUGAAACUUCGGAAAGUGGUCCUUGGAUUUCCCUGCAGUAGUAACCAAACUGAAUUUAAGUUUGAUUUAACCCUCAACUACAAAAUUGCCAAUGUUAUACAAACAUACUCUGAUCAGAAACCCACACUUGUGUUUUGUGCAACAAGGAAAGGUGUGCAACAGGCUGCUUUGGUUCUUGUGAAAGAUGCUAAGUUUAUUAUGGCUGUGGAACAGAAACAGAGGUUACAGAAAUGUGCAUAUUCCUUAAGAGAUUCAAAACUGAGAGAUAUCUUAAUCUAUGGUGUUGCUUAUCAUCAUGCUGGUAUGGAGCCGUCAGAUAGAAAAGUAGUUGAAGGAGCUUUCACUGUUGGAGAUCUACCAGUUCUUUUUACUACCAGUACUUUAGCUAUGGGAGUAAAUUUGCCUGCUCACCUAGUAGUUAUAAAAUCUACAAUGCAUUAUGCUGGAGGAAUGUUUGAAGAAUACAGUGAAACAGAUAUUCUACAGAUGAUUGGUAGAGCGGGUCGACCUCAAUUCGACACUACAGCUACUGCAGUUAUUAUGACUCGGUUAAGUACAAAAGAGAAGUAUAUUCAGAUGUUAGCUUGUAGUGACACUGUAGAAAGCAGUUUACACAGACAUCUUAUUGAACAUUUAAAUGCAGAGAUAGUGCUGCAUACCAUCACAGAUGUGAAUAUUGCUUUGGAAUGGAUACGAUCAACUUUGCUUUAUAUCAGAGCCUUGAAAAAUCCAUCUCAUUAUGGUUUUGCAUCUGGAUUGAACAAAGAUGGAAUUGAAGCAAAAUUACAAGAAUUGUGUUUGAAGAAUCUGAAUGAUUUAUCAUCUCUGGACUUGAUUAGGAUGGAUGAAGAUGUUAAUUUCAAACCAACUGAGGCAGGAAGAUUGAUGGCUUGGUAUUAUAUUACAUUUGAGACAGUGAAGAAAUUUUGUACCAUCAGUGGAAAAGAGACUUUAUUAGAUCUGGUCACAAUGAUAGCCAGCUGCAAGGAAUUUGUAGAUGUGCAGUUAAGGAUAAAUGAAAAGAAAACAUUGAAUACAUUGAACAAAGAUCCACAUCGGGUAACUAUCAGAUUUCCAAUGGAAGGAAGAAUUAAAACAAGAGAAAUGAAAGUAAAUUGCCUUAUUCAGGCUCAACUAGGAUGCAUUCCCAUACAAGACUUUGCUUUGACCCAAGAUACCUCGAAGAUUUUCAGAAAUGGCUCACGAAUUACAAGAUGGUUGUCAGAUUUUGUGGCUGUUCAAGAAAAGAAGUUUGCUGUACUGUUGAACAGUUUGAUUUUAGCUAAAUGUUUUAGAUGUAAACUUUGGGAAAACUCUCUGCAUGUAUCAAAACAGCUGGAAAAAAUUGGUAUAACAUUGUCAAAUGCAAUGGUAAAUGCGGGUUUGACCUCCUUUAAAAAAAUAGAAGAAACAGAUGCAAGGGAGCUUGAACUGAUUUUAAAUAGACACCCUCCUUUUGGAACGCAAAUAAAAGAAACAGUGAUGUAUCUACCAAAAUAUGAACUUGAAGUGGAACAGAUUGCAAGAUAUAAUGAUACCAUGGCAGAAAUAUUAGUGACCAUUAUAUUAAGAAACUUUAAACAGCUACAAACUAAAAGAACAGCGCCAGAUUCUCACUAUGUUACCUUAAUCAUAGGUGAUGCAGAUAAUCAACUGGUUUUCAAGCACAAAAUUAUGGAUUCUGUUUUGCUAAAAGCUGGAAACUGGACUAAAAAGAUUGAUGUGAGGAGAGCUUUUAAAUCUGAAGAUCUUAGCAUAAAUCUAAUUAGUUCUGAAUAUGUUGGACUUGAUAUACAGCAGAAAUUUACAGUCUUUUACUUAGGACCUAAGAGGUUUGGAAAUCAAAUAAUUAUGCAAAAAAAAUCAGAAACAGAGAUUUCCCAUUCUAAACAUUCAAAUAGAUCUACUAUAACAGGAUCCAAUAAAGGAAUGACUGCUUGCAAAAAACCUGGGAACCGAGAAUGUAAUCAUCACUGUAAAAAUAAACAUACAUGUGGACAUGACUGCUGUAAAACUGGAGUUGCACAAAAGUCAGUAAUGAAAGAGUCAACAAUCUCUUCAUAUUUAUCUGAUUUAAGAAACAGGAAUGCUGUUUCAUCACUUCCUCCAGUUAAACGUCUCAAGAUGCAAAUGAAUAAAUCUCAAAGUGUGGAUCUUAAAGAAUUUGGUUUUACUCCAAAACCUUCUCUUUCCAGCAUAUCAAGGUCAGAGUGUUUAAAUAUACCUGAAUUGUCUAUAAUGGAGCAGAGGGAUCAGCAUGAAAUCUGUGCCAAAGUUCAACAAGAACCAUCUGAAUAUCAAGACAAAGAUUUUUCUAGAUGGAACUCUUCUACAACUUCAAAUGAGAAAGCCCCUCAAACAGUACUGUUCAACAGACAUCUUAAUGCAUCUGGAAACCAGAAUUUGACAGAUGCGGAUAAAAGUAAUUCUCCAUUCUCAGAAGUUCCGAAUGUGAACUUUGAAUUGGGAGAUGAAGUUUGGGAUGAUUUUGAUGAUGAGAACUUAAUAGAAGUUACUGAUUUUUCAGCCGGUACUGAGAAGACAAAUACAUCAGGAUUUAGAAACACUUUGAGUUCAAGUAUCCAGGGAAGUAAGCUAUCGCUUCAAGAGUCAAAGAGCAAAUUCCAAGGAGAAAUAUCAAAAAGUGUUGUUUCAUCACAUGAGAAGCCAGAUAUUUAUUUAUCAGAUUCUCCUGUGUUCAAGUUUGAUGCAUCCUCCAUGACAAAAUUGCCUCCACAAGCUGGAAAUGCAGAUAUUGUCUGUUUACAAGAAAGAAAACAGCAGAGUCUGUCACCAGAGAUUGAAAAGCUGUGCUUUACUCACUCUAAAAAAAUACCAAAUUCUUCACAUUUUAUUGAGAAAGUGGAUUUCUUUAUUAGCAACAAUGAAUGUAAAAAGGAAAUUGAUUUCAGGCUGGUGAUAUGCAUAGGAUACUCUGUGGCAAGGUUGGGCAGGAGCAAGGAGCUGCAGCUCCCAGUCAGCCACAGGACCAUGAGGAUAGACAACCAUACACUGACAAACCAUUUUGUACCCAUGCAACCAAACUGUUUUACUUUCAGUACAGUAUUCAAUAAAAAUCCUGCUGGGCACCCUGUCUCCUAUGUGUUUGUUGGAGCCCAAUUCCUUCCUGAUGAGAGUGAGGUACUAGGAGGAGGGCUGAGGCCCCAGGAGGAGUGAGGACAGAGGAGUAACUGUUGAUGAGUGAUGACCAUGUAACUGUUUGCCUUUGGUUGUAUCACGUUCCCUUCUAGACUAUGUGCAUCUGUUAUUUGUCUCACUUUUAUUAUGAUCAUGCUCACUUGCUCUUUGAUUUCUAUUUAAACUUCUCUUUAAUUUUACCCCUUUCCUGAUCUUUUCCUUUAGACUUUGACUUUUCUUUAACAGUCUCAUGAUCCCUUCCUUUACUCCUUGACCCCAUAUUCUUUUCUUCAUGUCCAUUAUACUUUGUAUUAUGUUUUUUUUUUCUUUUUUUGUAUUAUGCUUUUCUUAACUCUGAUUUCUGUUUGCUCUUAUUGCCUCUUUUAGAUUUGGCCCCUUUUUCACCUUGUUUUUAUUAUAUUAUCUUUUUUUCUGAAUUUCUUCGGAUGUCUCUCUCGUUGCUGUUAGAUUUAUGGUCUUAAACUUUCUUUUCCUCUUUUUGUUUGGACUCUUGGACACAUGCCUAUGGUCAGUUAUAUUUUUCUCUUUUACUCCAACUGGGCUUCUUUGAUUUUCUUUUGUUUCAGUUUUAGCUAACUCAUUCUUAAGCUCCUUUGAUUCAUCUUUCACCAUUGGAUACCCUCAUUCUUUGAGCUUUCUGAAUCUCGUGCCUCCACUGUGAAGUAGUCUCACUACAUCUGAAACGAUCCCUUGAACUGGAUCUGGAAGGAGUUUGAUAAUGUUGUUGUUCUAUUUCUUUAAUUUUAUUGCCAGAC